CACUCCCCGCAGCCUGGCACCCCCGCGGGAGGCCGGCGGCGGAUUCGGCCGGACGGGUCCUCGCCGGCGAUGGCGCGCGGGCUGGCGGCGGCAGUGCUGAUGUCGUUGGCUUUCUCGCUGGCGGGCGCAGUGGACUCCGAGGCCAGUCGUCCCAAGGGCGCCCGCAGGCAGGCCGGCGAGCAGGAGCACAGGAAGGCUGCCGUGCUGGAGGGCGCCGCGGGCUCCGAGGCGGGCCGUCCCCGGGGUGCCCGCGGGAGGGCCCCCGAGCGCGUCCGCGCGAGGGCCUCCGUGCUGGAGGUGGAGGGCGCGGUGGCCUCCGAGGCCGGACGCCCCCGGGGCGCCCGCGGGGAGGCCCCCGAGCGCGUCCACAGGAAGGCCGCCGUGCCGGAAGGUGCCGUGGGCUCCGAGGGCGGUGGUCCCAGGGGCGCCCUCCGGAAGGCCCACGGGCACGUCCACGCGGGGGCCUCGCUGCUAGAGGGCGCGGCGGGCUCCGAGGCCUCUCGUCCCAAGGGUGCCCGCAGGCGUGCCCGCGAGCGCGCGCUCGCGAAGACUGCCGCGGACGAGGUCGCCGCGGCCGGCUGCGUCAACCUCGGCGGCGACAAGCGGUUCUCGGACGGGCAUGACGAGACGAUCCAAGUGCUGCAGCGUCGCUGUUGGAUCACCUUCAGCCUCUCGGAUGGGCAGAUGCAUCGCGGUCUCGUCAGGGGUUACAAGGUCCACGUGGAGCCUCCUUUCCCCGACGGCGAAAUGUUGCCGAACCAGACCAUCACGUUCGAGGACGGCAAACGUUGGGUCCGCAAGUUCUGA